GAAGCGUCUCUUUCCCCCCUCCCUCUCCACUCUCCACCGUCCUUCCUCGCUACCUCGACUUUCUCCGCCAUUGCCUCGUCACCAUGGCCUCUGCUCGCUCUCUGAUGCGGCUGGGGACUGGCCGUUCCCUGGCCUCGGCCGCGCGGUCUUCCGGAGCCAGCCGUGCCUUCUCGUCGACCCCUCUGCAGUUUGCUGUGAAGGAGGCCACCGCGACGGAUGUUCCCAACAUGCGCCAGGCCCAGCGUCCUCCCCAGGGCCCUCUCCGCGCUCCCGUCAUCAACCAAGCCGACAAGUACCAGGACAAGGCCGAGAGCCUGCACCAAUACGGCCAGUAUGUCAUGUCGUGCUUGCCCAAGCACGUGCAGCAGUUCUCCGUGUGGAAGGAUGAGCUGGCCCUUCACAUUGCCCCCGGCAGCGUGUUGCCUGUGAUGAGCUUCCUGAAGAACCACACCGCCGCCGAAUUCACCCAGGUCUCCGACAUCACGGCGGUCGACUACCCGACCCGCGACCAGCGCUUCGAGGUCGUCUACAACCUGCUCAGCGUCCGCUACAACUCCCGCAUCCGGGUGAAGACCUACGCCGACGAGGCCAGCCCCGUGCCCAGUAUCACCGGUCUGUUCGAGGGCGCUCUCUGGUACGAGCGUGAGGUGUACGACAUGUUCGGCGUUUUCUUCUCGGGCCACCCCGAUCUGCGCCGCAUCAUGACGGAUUACGGAUUCGACGGACACCCGCUGCGCAAGGACUUCCCCUUGACCGGAUACACGGAACUGCGGUACGACGAGGAGAAGAAACGCAUUGUCAUCGAGCCGCUCGAGUUGACGCAAGCCUUCCGGAACUUCGAGGGAGGUAGCGCUGCGUGGGAGCCCGUUGGUCCGGGCAAGGACAAGACUCCUGAAUCGUUCAAGCUUCCUACCCCCAAGCCCGAGGAGAAGGAGGAGGAAAAGAAAUAGAGCAGAGAUGUAAUCGUAUUUGUUUCUUUCUUUCCUGUUUGUAUGUACAUACCAGUCUACGAGUGGAAUUCAGUUUGUUGGGAUUUUCAACGAGAUAUGUAGAGCUGUACGAGUAGCUGGAGCUCUACGAACCGAGUCGAGCACUCAGCAGUAUACGAAUAAACUCACCACAGAAUCGCCAUUUCCUCUCCCAAUUGAUCAAAUUAGCAAAGUCAAGGAGCACAAUCAACAUAAAAAAUAAAGUACACCCAUCAACCAACCAGAAAAGCCCGAUAGUAAGACAGUCGCCAGAGCUACGACACUUCUUGGCACCUCCGAACCGCAGGAAGG